CAAAAAUGAGGGGACCUUGCAAUGCUGUGGGAUUGACGACGAAGACCAGUCCCGAACCAUUUUAAUUAUUUAUUUACUGAGUUCUUCCCGUUGCCUCGUUGCCUCAUUUCAUACCCCACAAAGAUGAGGGUGUUGCAUGGAUGUCUUUGCUAGCUUGGAGUGUAGGAUUACACACACAUGUAUGCUCCGUUCAGGCAAUGAUAUUAUAAGCAAGCCAUGUCGUCUCCUUCGUCUGCCUCCAAAACGAACCGCAGUGGGAGCCGCCAGCUGUCCACUACUACUGCUACCACUCCCAGCAGUACUAUUAGUACUAGUACUGGAAGUCCCUUCAAGAAGAAUGCGUUCAAUGUUCUGAUGCAGAGUUCCGCUCGUUCCCCUAGUAAGAAGAAACGAAGCUCCAGUAGUACUGGUACUGGUAGUGGCUCUGCUAGAAAGAGCAGCAGCAACAGAAGUGUGAGUCCUUCCAAGAAGAAGAAACCAAGGACAACUAGUACUAGUAGAUCCAGUACUAGUAGUGGCAGUACCAGUAGUGGCAUUGGGUUUGUGGAGUGUCCUUUAGGCUGUGGUCGCCAUGUGGCCAAUCUGGAACAUUCCAUCAAUCGCCAUUUGGAUUUUCAAUGUACAGUCAUGAAGCAGCAACGAUUGCAAGCUAAGCAACAGCCUGAGCCGUCACAAAGUUCACAAACUGAAGAAGAAAAGGGAGAACCUGAACCAGAAUUUCAGGAGCCAAGUCAACAAGAAAAUGAAGAACCUGAUCCAAUCGUCAUGAAACAAGAAGCACAAUCUAUGCAUACAUGUAUAGAUAGUCCAAUCAAGACGGAACAAGAUGAGGAUUCUGACAAAGCAGAAGAGUCUUGCACGCCCAAUCUGUCUAGUAGUACAGAGGCCCAUCAAAACACUGAUUCUGCAAUGACCAGCAAAACUACUAUUGAAGAUCACAACAACCUGGAUGUGGGACAUGCCUUGUUAAUGCUCCAUGCUUCAUCCAUUGUUUCACCUGAAAAUUCACAACCACAACCAACACCACUCCCUCCCAUUGAUCAACAGACUGUCACUCAAGAACACCAAAGGCAACAGCAAGAAUCAACGCCGUCACCCAAUAGUGCCACCGACGAUAAGAAACAAACUAACGUAUUUGCCCACAUGAUGCAACAAUCCAGCAAAGUUUUCGCUUCCGCAAACAGCACCAAACAAGUACAACAGCACUUGACACUCCACUAUGACCCCAACAAUAAGGAUUCCUUAGAAUUCUCUUGGAACCUACAGGUAAUCGACAAUGAUAACAACCAUCCACAGCAGGAACCACCACCUCUUUGGUCGUGUGACUCGAAACUCAAGGACAAGGAAACCGAUCCACACACUACCAUUGCCUUGACGGUAUCCGUCACUUCCAAUGGCAUUCCUGCCAAUGCCACACAAGACGAUCAUCGAUGGGUUCGAAAACAUUCCCGACUUUCGGUACCCGUACUCAAAUCCAUUCUACAAAAAUCCAUUCGUAGACGACGACCACUACCCAGUGUCCGCGUCGCCAUGGAACUCAUGGAUAAGGCACUGGGCGAAUUCCUCAGACGAUUGCCCAUUAUCGUAUUGGAAGACUCUACUUUGCAUCCAGAUUAUCCCUUGCUUAUUUGGGCCAUGGUCGCCCAUAGCAAGGGCUUCUUUGAUAUCGAUACAACAUCAGAGGGCGACAAUACUCCCGCGUCCACCAAUAGUCGCUGGAACGUGAUUCGGGCACUCCAGUUGCGACUCUUGCGUAUUGUCUAUGAAGUGGCGUCGUGUCCCGUACAGGAUCAUCUCUCUUCGCACCAAGACCCGGACGACGAAGCAUCAUCACCCUCGGCAGAUCAAGGACAGACACCAAUCAACAACUCCACGAAGCCCUCCUUGUCCAACCCAUUCCUUGUUGUGCGCGAGGUGACAACAGACAUCGACAAGUCUACGGAAUCGGACACCAACACGACGAGCAAGGCUGACAAACAAAAUGAUGGAACAGACCCGGUGGUGACAAAGCAGCAACCACAGGAUCAGCAAUCGUCACAAAAACAGCUACAACUUGCUAUUUGGGCCAUGCUAGUGCGAGCCAAGUACGGUGGCAUGUCGUGCGAUGUGCGCAUGCUCUAUCUGUAUGCACAAACAUGGCAUGAUCGAUUGCAGCAGGAAGGCGACGACGCCACUUGGUUAGACGUUCCCAAACGAAUGCACGAAAAGGCCGUGGCAGCUUCCACGACGCGUCUAGCAUCGACCGACAUCUUUUUGGAACGGUUGUGUUUGCCAGAUAUUUGCCGACAAGGAGUGGACUUUCAUUGCAGCAACAUCAUUCCGACAUUGUUGCAAGACUCGCAACUCCGAACGGCGGUUCAGCAAAUAGCCGACAAGAUGGAAUGUAGUGCCGAAAGCCUCCUCCAACGAAUCAUUUGGAAGUUUUCGGCAGGAGUGAACCUGCGAAGGCCUCUGGUCACGGAAAACAAGAAGGGUGGACGAUCCAAUCAGCAUCAAGAUCAAGUCUUGAACCAAUUUUGGAAGGAUGUCCUCGACGACUUGGUGACCGCAUUUCAAACCAAGUAUCUCGGAGAGCGCUUGCGAUGACGUGCUUGCUUUUGUGACGACGUGAGCUAGCCUCGUAGUCUUUCGCAACACGGUUGGCGGGUGUUGGAUGGGGGGCACCAAGAUGACAUUAAAGGAUCUCUGCGCUCGGUCUUUCGUCAUCUCCGCAGCUUCGAUGGGGCAGGCAGACACAGAUGCUGCGAACAGUCAACUUAUCAGGCUUCAUGGAGAUCAACAAUAUGUGAUGCUACUAUUACAGGCAAAUGCUAGCUAACCACUGAGAGCCUGAUCAAGAUCAAUUGUGACGGGCACAUCAAGACGCAAACCUCAAAGCACCAAUGUCCCCGAACAAGCCAGUAACGCCAUAAUUGGUAGCAGGAAUCCUCCCGACUCUCCUUGGAGUGGCUCUCCCGGAGGUGGCAUCUUCUUCACUAUGACUGGCUAGUAUUCCAGCAACCCUGGUAUGAUUGGAAUCAAAGGAGACGGGUUCGCUCCGUCAAAAAGCAGGUUCCUUCCUUCUCUUGGAAUGGUGUCUGGGACAGUGCGGUUCCAGAUAUCGGCAAAGUUGCCAACAUCGUUCACAGCAUCGCGAAAUAUGCGACUGAGUUCAAUUCCGUACAGAGAGACAGUAGGCAUUUUGUUGGAUGUCUCCUUUGUGAUUCCAUUUUCUUCAGCAAAGAUAAUGGCUUCCACAAUCCAUUUCACUGCCGUUGCCCAUUCAUGAUCGGAUUGCCGAGUGGCCAGGCAACGGUUGGAUAGCAUGUUGCUGGGGAGGAGCACUUUAAGUCAGCGUGAUAUUUCAUGAUCGAGAACGGACAACAGUUCAAGCAUGCGUACCUUCCAACGAUGUCCACAACAGGGGUAUUGUAGAAGUAGGGCUGAGAAAACGAGAAUCCAACGCCAGUGGUGGGCUCUCUUACUUCAGUUUCAAUGUUCCACGGAGCACCCGCAAGAAUGUCGAUUUGUCCGUCUUGCAGCAGGGAAAAGCCGUUUGUGUCAUUUGUAACCUUUACUACCUCCAACGUCUCGGAAGAACCCAGAAGACCGGAGGCUACCGCUUUACAGAAUUCCACGUCCAUCCCCUGAAGACCCACAAGCCCGUCGGCAAGUUCUUGUUGUUUCUCUACUGCAGGCACAGAUGAUGACACACCAACUCCACACCGCAGUCUUCCCCGUCUGAUGAUCCCUGCCAUUGUGCCAUUACUCCGUGGAGGAGGUCCCGUUACCUCCUGGCGUCCAAAAGGACGAGACACGAGAAAUCCAUUACAGGACUCGUUCACGCCAUAAUGAUACACCAUUCGCGGAUACAGCUCUGAUAUGAUUCUCCGAUCGUACAUUUCCCCAUAGUUCCCUGUAACAGCAAUGGCAUCGUACAGCAUGUUCUGGAAUUCUGCCCCGACUACCAGCGGUCGUUUGAAUUUGUGAAUUGCGGCCUCAUCAUCCACAUUGUCCCUAGUGAUCCCGUACCGUUCGGCCGUAAACCACGACAGUUUGACGAUAUCAACAAAAUCGGACCAUUCUGGGUCGUCAGCUCUCGUGGCCGGUGCCAAGGGUUCCGUGAGGAACACGCCAGGAGAAGGGUAGAACUCUCCGGUGUAGUUGUGCUCUCGCAUAACGGCAUUGAAGUGCAGAAUGGAUGCUACCAAGACCACAUUGCACGUGCCAUUGACGAAUUGUUCAAAGGCUGUGUUAUACGAAUCCACCUCGACAAUAUUGUUGCGAGGCAACUGCAGAGCCAACGUAUCCAUUUGUCGUGUUCCUUGCAGGACACAAACUCUCAAGUCGGCACAUUCCUGAAUAUGCCGCAAACCGUGGUCGGCACAAGCCACCAUGUCUUGUAGGCCUCCAAAGCCAGAUGUAAUGAAUGUAUGCGGUGUGGCAAACUUGAUCCCGGCUCCAAUGCUAUAGUCAUACACUUCUCGAUCCAUGGUCAACCCAAAGGCAUUGUGCAUCAUAUCCACUUGUCCAUCCUGGAGGGCUUGAGACCGUUGAUCAAAGGGUACUUGCACGAUACGAAUCUUGUAAGCAUCCCGGCCCAGGGCAGCCGCGGCAAAGGAUCGACACAUUUCGGUAUCCAUCAUAUUCUCCUCGCCCUCUUCACGGUGGAAUCCUCGCAUGACUACUUCCAGUGCCACUCCGCAACGAAGCACCCCUCGUUGUCUGAUGCGGGCCAAAGUCGACAGGUGUGGUGGUGGAAGAGUCACAUCCGUUUUGGUGUUGUUGGCUGUUGCUGUGGUGGGCUCAUUAGUAGUGGCGGAGGUGUUGGCAAUUAUUGUUGGUUCAGGUAUGGCCUGGUCAGAAUUGGAAUUGACAGUUACUGCUGCUGCUGCAAUGCCAGCACCGACAGCUGCACAGAGCAACAACCCAAAUAUAAGGACAUAUCGACUUGUACGUGUGCUCAGAUGAAAGCCCAAUGGUUCCGCCUCUACCAGGAGGGUACCUGUACCAGUGCUAUCAGUAGUACCGGUACCCGGAGGAGACUGUUCCUGAGGGAUACCCGGAACACUUUCUUCAGGGACCAACGUGGCUUCCACUAGGGUUUCAGUAUCAUUAUUAAUGUGCACAUUGGUACCGGUAGCACCCGAUAAUGAAGGGCUCUGUAAGUUCUGUUGUCCCACAGCCGCAGAUAACUCUCCUGGCUGCAAUAAACUCUGGUUGCCGUCUUGGAUGGAGACUGCACCCACCUGAGUGUUUGAUGCCACAUGUGGAAGAAGGAGAGGUGGGACAAGUUCUGCCAGAGGAGGGUCACCGAUACCGACAUUAGUAUCGGCAGUUGCUUCCAUGCCAUUCUCUUGCACGUAAGGAGGGGGCCUGUUGGUCCCAAUUCCGGUGCCAACUAUUAGCUUAGCGGUAUCUCCCGCGGUAUCAAUAGCCUCUUCAGAUUCUUUUGCUGCUGCAGACCUAGGAAUGCUUUCGGUAGCAUGAUCACCUUUGUCCUCAGAGCUCUUCAUUGUAUCAGCCAUCAUCUUGUCUUGCUGCUUGACUCAGUAAUACAGGCACUGAUCCACAAAUUAUGAAACAUCAAAAGGAGAGAUAGAUGGACUAGAUAGGCCUGUGCAUUUUUUGUGCGUCCCAUGUCUCAUCCAGCACCCUCUAUCUCACUCUUGUUGUGGUUUGCCACUCUGGCGGAAGGUACCAGUACCAGUAGUUCCUCGAUUUUAAAAGAGGCUAAAAACUACUGGUACCGGUACACGCUGCACAGCCGUGCGUUGGCUCCCAGUCUCUGACAUCACCUGGAAGGCACCAGGUUUCAGCGAGGAUACACAAAAAACUCUUCAAAGUCGCGGUAGUCGCGAUAGUCCCGGUAAAUAGUCGUUGCUAAGUCGCGGUGCGCGAC